UUGUUCCAAAGUAAUAACUAUUGAUCAUGCUGUUGCUUUGGAAUGAAGCCUGUAGAUUAAUAGGUGGCAAUAAUGGGAAUUCCAGCUGUUAUUGUGUAAUAAGCAAGACUGAGCCAGCUCCUCAUACAGCAUGUAAUAACAAAUCAGGAACAUACCACAGUGUCAGGUGGUAAAAUUUAUUUUACCCAUGGUUUUACCCACUGUUUUCUAACAACUCACAGCAUGCAGAACAAUGUGAUAGACUCGCCAGAAAGGUGAUUUCCAUAAAAAGUUAAGAAUUUAUAAAACAGAACAGACCAAAAUGUUGUUGCUAAAACAUGCACCAAGCAAGGUGAAGACGGGAAAGGUUUUUGCUGCAUUAAUCUUAAUGGGAAAGGUUCAAACUUUUAUUAUCGCACAUUUCUGUUUAGCUUUAGAUUUAUUCUAGUUUUACACUAAGGUCACAAGAUCAGUUAGUUUUGAAGAUUACUGUAAAUAUUUUAAGGCUUGUUUUUAUUUUAUCGGUAUGAUGCAGUAACAAGGUUGAAGUUAAAAUGGCUGGAUUUCUUUAUAGAUUACGAUAUAAAUGUGAUGUUUAAUAAUAUUUUAUGUUUUUAAUGUUUGUUUUAUACGUUUGGUAACAGGACUGCAAAUCGGUCCUAGUAUUUGUAUUUUCUUAGAAAAAGACUCUAGCAGUGUAAUUCCAGAGACUUUUGAAUAAUAAAAUGUAGAUGUUGUGGUGGACCACUAGAGGGCUCCACUCACACCCAGUGUUGAGGAAGUGUGUUCCCUUUGUUUUGUGGCGCGAUAUGUGCAGUUGAUGUUGGAGACGAAUAAAGAAGGAGUGAGAACUGAGAGCACUGUGUCGUUGAUGCUUACCUCCACAUUGGUGACCCCUGACUCGAGCAUGCAACGGGCCGCAGAUGACGCAGACUCCGCUAUGGAGGCAUCAGCGGCCGCCGGACCUCCGCCUCCUGUUGCAGCUACGUUCGCUGUGGCGCUGAAACUGCCGGACUUUUGGCUCCAUGACCCCCCGUCGUGGUUCGUACACGUGGAGGCUCAGUUCGCCCUUCGCGGCAUCUCGGCUGACGACACGAAGUAUCACCAUGUGGUGGCCUCGCUCGACCCGCUGGCCACCCGUCGCGCGAUGGCGCUCCUCCGGGACCCACCCGCCCAAGGGAAAUACGCCGCCCUUAAAGAGCUGCUUCUUCGGCGCUAUGCCCUCUCCGACGCUGAACGAGCCGAAAAGCUCCUCAACUUGUCAGGCUUGGGUGGCGGUACCGCGCUCGAGCUCAUGGAGAACAUGCUAUCGUUGCUCGGGCCGGAUGACGGGGGAUUCCUCUUCGCCCACCUCUUCCUCCGCCAGCUACCGGCCGCCGUGAGAGCUGUCCUCGCAAACUCCCCACUUCUGCCGGCGAAGGAUUAUCGCUCCCUGGCUGAAGAAGCGGAUCGCAUUCUCCUGGCUAGCCGCACUUUCAACGUUCACGCCCUGGCUACGGACUCGCCGGCGGCGCCUUCCACUGCUCCACCUGCCUCCCCCGGAGCAUCCGCCCCCUUGCUGACGGCAGGGAUUGCUACACGCCGGCACCGCGGAAAGAACAUCUGUUUCUACCAUCAGCGUUUUGGCGACAGAGCGCGUCGCUGCCUGCCGCCUUGCGCUUUCACGGCCCAGGGAAACGGACCCGCCAGCGCGCCGUAGCAGCCGCGACCGCUGGCGACACAGAAAGGCUGCUCUUCAUAGAGGACUCGCGCUCCGGGAGACGUUUUCUCGUGGACUCCGGCUCCCAGAAGAGCCUCCUUCCCCCUACCGCUGCCGACGGACUAGCAGCGAACUGUGGGCCGCAGCUCAUGGCAGCUAAUGGCUCUCCCAUCACAACGUUUGGGGAAAGGAGCGACGCGCAAUCAACGGAGUCCGAGUCGCCUGCAGCUUUUUCUGACCGCCAGUGCCAGCCUCGCUUCCGGGCUGGGUUGCCCUCUGUCAGUUCCC